UAUAUAGAGUCCGCGACGGGGCGGCGGCGGAGCCGGGGGACGGCGACAGCUGGGCGGCGGGCCGCAGGCGGGGGCCAUGGGCAAGGAUUACUACCAGACGCUGGGCCUGGCCCGCGGCGCGUCGGACGAGGAGAUCAAGCGCGCGUACCGCCGGCAGGCGCUGCGCUACCACCCGGACAAGAACAAGGAGCCGGGCGCCGAGGAGAAGUUCAAGGAGAUCGCCGAGGCCUACGACGUGCUCAGCGACCCGCGCAAGCGCGACAUCUUCGACCGCUACGGAGAGGAAGGCCUCAAAGGGGGUGGCCCCAGCGGCGGCGGCAGCGGUGCCAAUGGCACAUCUUUCAGCUACACAUUCCACGGAGACCCCCACGCCAUGUUUGCUGAGUUCUUCGGAGGCAGGAACCCCUUUGACACCUUUUUUGGCCAGCGGAAUGGAGAGGAAGGCAUGGACGUGGAUGACCCAUUCUCUGCCUUCCCCAUGGGCAUUGGAGGCUUUACCAACAUGAACUUCGGGAGUCGCUCUCGCCCUGCCCAAGAGCCCACACGGAAGAAGCAAGAUCCUCCUGUCACCCACGACCUCCGCGUCUCCCUGGAAGAGAUCUACAGCGGCUGUACCAAGAAAAUGAAAAUCUCCCAUAAGCGCCUCAACCCUGACGGCAAAAGCAUUCGGAACGAAGACAAGAUCUUGACCAUCGAAGUGAAGAGAGGGUGGAAAGAAGGGACCAAGAUCACCUUCCCCAAGGAAGGAGACCAGACCUCCAACAACAUCCCCGCUGACAUCGUCUUUGUUUUAAAGGACAAGCCCCACAACAUCUUCAAACGGGACGGCUCCGAUGUGGUGUACCCAGCCAGGAUCAGCCUCCGGGAGGCUCUUUGUGGCUGCACUGUGAGCGUUCCCACUCUGGACGGCAGGACCAUCCCCGUCGUAUUCAAAGACGUCAUCAGGCCUGGCAUGCGGCGGAAAGUCCCUGGAGAAGGCCUCCCUCUCCCCAAGACACCUGAGAAACGGGGGGACCUUAUCAUUGAGUUUGAAGUGGUCUUCCCAGAAAGGAUCCCCCAGACAUCCAGAACCGUCCUGGAGCAGGUUCUGCCCAUAUAGUCAGCUCACCCCGGACUCAACCAGGGACCUUGCCAGACUCCUGCACGGAGCACUGGAGCCUGGGGGCACCAGGAGCAGCCCCCCUCCCAAGGCGGGAGGGCCCAGGGAGGCUUUCGGACUCAAUGUUUUCCAGAGAAUAUAUUACACUCUUUCAAAGUCCGCACCAGACUUCGGUGGUUUUUCCGAGCGCUAGGGCGGAGGCGGUGGGACCACAGGAAGGGACCAGGCCUCUGCUCCUCCCUGGAGCCCCCCUGUACCCCAGUUGUGUCGUGUGAUUGAUUCCUGUGGAGCCCACACUGUCACCCCUGCCCUGCUGGGGACUCUUGUCUUUCUCUGUGGUCCACCACCACAGAUCAAGAACUGCCUGGCCGCCCCCUCACCCAAUACCUCGGGCCAGCAGGACCUAGGGCCCAGCCAUAAUAUGGAGGUCCCCUUGACCUCCACAUUUGGGCUGACUUUUGGGGCAUCUUUGUCCCUGAGGCAAUCCUUGGGCACCCCUGGCUGCCCUAUGGCCUAGGUCGCGUGUUCUCUGUUGGACUCUAUCUCUCUCCAAGGGACCUGACCCUUCUGGAUUUUGCACAGCACCGCUGUGACCCCUUUUGAUAAAAGGGUCUUUGCUUCUGAUUUCAGGAGCAUUCUGGAGCAUGUGUAAAUAGCUUUUAUAAUUCCUUGUGAAGCUGGUGGACACAAGUCCAGGGCCCAUGUGGCUGCCACUCUGGACCAUGGGGAAGGACACUUGGGGUGAGGGACUGCCCCAAAGAAAUCUGUCCGUCUGUCCCCUGCGGCCCAAGUGGCUUGCAGACCUUCCCUCUCAUUGUAAGUUGCCACUGCCGACACUAGACCAAAGUGUGUUGAUUGUCAUUAAAGUGCGUGACAACAUUAAAGACUUGAUGCAAAACCUU